AGGAAAGAUGCUUUCUUUGGAGUCAUCAACGGGGUCAUGUCAAGAGACAGUCAAAUGUCGCAAGGAGGGACGCCAGAGGACAGAGCUGACCUACUGCAACACACCAACACCAUAAAGCUGCAUCCACAGCUAUCCUUCUAUGGUAUCCAUACAGUAUCAACAUGUCUGACAAACAAUCAGAAGAGAGCAGUAAGAGCACCCCUAGUACCGGUAGCUAUCUUGGAGGCCACCUGGACGAUCCAUCCAUUCAUUUGCGAGACAUUUUCGGGUCCCAGUGGAGCUUCGACGAUGAUCCGAGCGUCGUCGUUCGAAGCAGGGCCAGAAAAAAGGCCAAAGACAAGGAACCGACGAAGCAAGAAGUAAUCAAAGAGGAGCAAGGGGAGGAGGAAGUGGAAACGGGAACAGCAAGUGUGCAAGAAUCAUCCCAUGGUCAAGAAACCACCAGUUCACCACAGACUACGUUGCAAGGACAGCAGCAACACGACGACGACGGAGAAGAAGAAUAUGAUGAUAGAAAGCCACCAGCAUCCACUACAGUACCAACUGUAGAUCAUACGAGUACUUACAAUGCGGAUGACACAGAAACGGAGCAAUCUGCCCACGGUCAAGACAACACAGCCAGUCAUCAACAAGCGACAACACCUCCAGCAAAAAAGAAACUGACCAGUCUCGAGCGAAUCCGUCGACCGUUGAAUCCUAACUACAACACCAAAGGAGAUGAAAAUACGGUAGUGUCAGCAACACCAUCUGUAUCCAUUCACUUGCGAGAUGUUUUUGGUUCGAAAUGGUCUUUUGAGGAUGAUCCAAGUGUUGUACAAUCCAGAAAGGAGGACAACGACAACACAGGUUCACCUCACGAAAAAGAAGAUGAAAAUGACGACAAAAUGACAGCAACAGCCACUAAGACAACACCCAGGAGAACCAACAGUGCUGAGAGCGGUGCCGCUAGUAGUGUUGGAAGUACAGGUAGUAGACGAUCCACGCAUUCCCAACAACAACAAGGGCUUCGUCAUAGAAAGCAGUCCGCACAUACAUCUCCUCAACAAGAGUCCCGUCGCAGCAUUGACCGUAUUCGACGACCUGCUGCUCGUACCAACAGCAAAGAAGGAGAGGAAAGCAUUACUUCUUCACCAAGUAAAAAGCGAAUCACUCCCAUGAGAUCCAACAGCUUUGUGAGCAAAGUAAAACUUGGUCCUCUCGGCGAUGAUUCGGAGGAUAGUCUUUUACGAGGCAACGAUAGUGCGGUUCUUGGGAAAAUCUCAUGGGAUGAUGAUCAUGACAACAACGACGAUGAUGGCCAGGAGAACAUGGCGCAGUCAUUGCCACUCAACCAAUCAUAUAUGGAUUACGACGACACGGUUCACACAAGUCUAUCCAAUAUGGAUAUUGAAAUAGGGGAAGCAACAGGUGGAUCAGCCGUGUUUCACGCGUCUUCUACCCAUAGCCACAACUCGUCCAUCUUCCAAGAUGAAUUUUCCGAAUCCAAGAAUAC